CUUUCACUCUUGUUUUGAGAACGAUGAGCUCGACGUCAAAGAAGUCCCAAAUCAGCAACAUGUACCGAGCACGAAGAAGCAGAAGACAACUACUGACAAACCAGCCGAAGCAUUCAUAGGCACGCAGCUACGUUUGGGGUUGACAAAAGAGUGGGUACCGAGUCUAGCCAAGAUCGCAGAGCUUGCGUCCAAGAUCAGUCCGACAGCUACGAACGUGUAGACCCUAAGACGGCUUUCAACCUGCUAAGUCUUAGAGGGCAAAGCUCACAUAUACCGCGCUGCUCCAGUGGCUUCGGUAUGUUCGCAUGUACAGAUCCUCCACGGAUGAUUGGUUCACCGAUAUUCAGAUUACGAGAAGUUGUUGUCGUCAAGAUCAGAACGAGAACAGGAGGCACAUCUGACUUUGCUCUUCCGAUCGCUCAAAGAAACCAGAGAACUCAAAUAUCUCGGCGGCGAUUUCCUGCGGAUGGUGUUUAAUAAAGACAAGGUGAAGCUUGACGCUAUCAAGGACUUGUUAAGCAUCACGGAACGCACGUCAAAACCGAUCCGAGAUCUAAGAUGUAUGAAAAAUAUCACUGGAUGUUCUUCGAUGAGGUACGCGUAGCAACGAUGUGGCACUGACGCAAUGAGAUCCAGACUCGUAACAUAAACGAUUUACAAGCCCAUGGAUGAGAUUUUCGCUCGCUUUAGAGAACCGAAGGUUAAUCUCAAAAAUGUGUAGCCAUUUACCUUAGCGAUAAAAUUUGAUGUGGCACACUUUGAAAUCAGGUCAAUAAUCAGGAUGGCGGAGCAUGCGUUGACGGCAGCGCUCUUCUUGCUGCCGUGCGCGAUCAUUCUGGAGCGCUGCGUCGCGGAUGGGUCGCUGUUCGCUCUACACCCGGCACUGAAUGCGGUAGCGAUGCUUGUUUGUCUGCCCACGUACGUAGCAGCACUACAAUUGACUUGAAUCCCCUUCGUCUCUUUGACACUAAAUUCCGAUGGUUUGUAUUUCAAACAGCGCGCUGCAAGCGAUGUUGCAGCGAAAAGACGAAACAGACCACGCAAAACGUGUUUGGUUGACCAAGCUGCAUCUGUUUCUAAACGUGUUGGCUGGAGUGUUGGUGGCUGUUGCUGGUGCCGCAAUAUUUAUCACUAAACGUGACUCAGGCGGCGAACACUUUACGACACCGCACUCGUGGGCGGCUCUGGUAACGGGCAUGUUCUUCACGCUCAACGUGUUCCAGGGGCUAUUGCUGACGUUCGAGGGGACAAACCCCAACUGGCAAUGGAAGGACGAUACGCAUGUGCUCACGGGUGUACUGGUCUACAUCGGUGCCGUGGUCACCAUGCUCUACGGUCUGCAGACGAGCUCGUGGGGGGUCCAGAACUUCACUCCUGAGCGGCAAUUCCAACUUACAGUGCUCAUCAUCGCAGCGCAUGUAGCGCUAGUAGGAAAAUCGCUUGUUCUGCACCGCCGAGCGAACAAAGUGCAAGUAAAAGUGGCCAAAGUGGCAUGAAGUCGCGGAAGUUGUUGUGAAUCUAGAGAACAAGCAAAGCGUGGUUAUCAAUAACUGAAUCCCAUACAAAAACACUGUCAAAAUAGACGUACCAAUUUUGUUGCAGUAAAUA